AAAGAGAAGGGGGAGAUACGCUACUGUCAAAAUACAUAUGUUCGAUUACCUUUUUCUGUUAGAGGACAGAAAUCGGAAAAAGGAAGGAAUAAAGAAAAGGAAAAUUACAUCGUGAUAUAUUGUGUUUGAUAUUGAACAGAAAUUCAUAAAAAAAGAAGCAAAAGAUAUAUUUGAUUCGUGACAUUAAUAGACGAGGUGUAUUCUUGAUUAUUUUUGUGACAAGUUUUUUUAGUUGGUGAUAUGAUGAUGCCAGGAAAAACUCCAGUACAAGAGAAUCCUUUAGGCCUAUCUUGGCAUGACAGUGCUUGGAUUCCUGUCCUCAAUCCAAGUAACAUCAUGGAUUACUUUUCUGAAAGGAGUAAUCCAUUUUAUGAUAGAACUUGCAAUAAUGAAAUAGUCAAGAUGCAGCGUUUGAGUCCUGAUCAACUGACCAAUAUGACUGGCUUAGAAUAUAUUCUUCUGCAUGUGCAAGAACCAAUUUUAUAUGUGAUUAGGAAACAACACAGACAUUCACCAACUGUAGCUUCACCAGUCGCUGAUUAUUAUAUUAUAGCUGGUGUUGUGUAUCAGGCUCCAGAUUUAGGAUCUGUUGUGAGUUCUAGACUGUUAUCCACGGUUCAUCAUCUGCAAUCUGCCUUUGAAGAAGCUAGUUCUUGCUCGCGAUAUCAUCCUAGUAAGGGUUACUUUUGGGAUUUCAAGAAUGGCAAAGCUUUAGCCACAAAAAAAGAAACGCCGGUACGCGAGGAACCUAGCUCGUUGUUUCAACGGCAGAGAGUGGACAUGUUACUUACAGAGCUCACUCGUAAAUUUCCCUUACCAGUACCAAAACCAGUGCAUCAAGCAACAGAAGUUUCUACAGAGAUUAAGCAGGAAGUGAAAACUGAGAAAAAAGAUAUGAAACCACCACCAGAAAAGAAACCUAGAGUUUCUUAAUUAAUAAUAAAUAAAGAUGCAGAAGAUAGCGUAAAUAAAAUGCUAUAAUAAGAAGAACAGAUUCAAAAAAUGAAGAUAAUGAACUGUCGAUGUAAAAGACGACAAUCGCGCUGCUCAGUUGACAUGGCGAUUUGUUCGUAUAUUCAGCCGUGUCAGCG